AUGGAUUUACGAGAGCUUUCGACAAACGAUGCUACAAAAAACAACGAAAAGCAAGUGAUGCAAUCAUCGCCGACUCUACAACACAACAUAAACCAAUCCCGUACGGUGGCAAGAGUUCAAUCCGUUGAUUCGGACGAUCCACCACGCUGUACCGUCCAGUGCAAAGAGUGUGGAAAAUGGUUCCUCGAUAACUACUUCCUUCAUCGGCACGAGUUAGUUCACACCAAGGAAAAACCUCACAAGUGUGUCAAAUGUUCGAAAGCUUUCACACAGAAGACAAGUCUUGCGACACACAUGCUAAUCCAUUUACGAGAGAAAAAGUUCCAGUGUAGCCUCUGUCCGAUGAAGUUUGUACAGAAAAAUAAUCUUGCUACACAUGUAAAGCUACGACAUCCAGCGCUUGGCGAUCCGGUAUUACAAAACGGGUUUCUCUGCCAGAAGUGUCCUUCGGCCUUUAAAUGUGCCGGUCGGUUACGAGUACACCGAGCGCGCAUUCACGGUGAGAUGGUAAUGUUUGACCAGUGUUUAAAACCUACAACGGCAACGACCAACAGCAAAUCGCAAUCGUCCAGUGCUGACAAUAAGGAUGAUAAUAAUACAACGUCUUCGAAAGAAGAUUCUUCUGCUUCAAACACAGCACAACAAGUGGAACACGAUGGAGAAAUAGUACAUAAAAUUAUUAAAAGUCGCCGAACCGAGCACAUGAAAGGCAGAACGAAAGGGCGACCGUACGUGUGUGAAGUAUGCAAGGCAGCAUUUAAAAAACCACAAUACCUCUCCCAGCACAUGAUUUCCCAUACCGGUAUUCGACCGCACCGGUGUAAUGUCUGCAACAAGACGUUCUCCUCCAAACAGUCCUACAGCACGCACAUGAAGUUGCAUUCGAACACCGUUCGAUUGUUCAACUGUGCUGAAUGUGAGGAAUCGUUUAAUCGCUCUGCGGCGCUGAAAAGGCACCAGACAAUGAUACAUAGCGCACUGCAGUAUGUUUUUCGUUGUCCAUAUUGCGAUAUUCCCUUCCGGUGGCUACAUAAUGCCCGCUUUCACAUUAAAACGUUUCACUUGAAGAAGGAAUCAGAAAUUGAGGAAACUUUACUUGAACCGAUCAAAGAAGGCGUGGCAAACAAGCAAUAUCAACCAGCCAAACUCUACCGACCUGAGUACUGUUCGAUGUACUUGAAAAACAACCUGACACUGCCAAAUUCCGGAAAGUUGCGAUGAUUGUAACGCAUGAUACGGGUGCAGGAUUCGUGCUCUAUCAGGAAGGCAUUGGACUUCGUUUUCAACCAUGGGAAACAUGAGAAUAGCUGAAUCAAGUGAAGAUCUACUUGAUGCACCGAUGCAUCCGUCGCAACAGCGCCAAUAUGCGAAACAAGUGCCUUAAACUUAUUACUUCGCAGACCCACAGUGACUGAUUAUUGCGCCCAUUUAUCUAGGUGCUUCUAGACGAUAUGUUCCCUGCUUCAAUUCGUAAUCUUUUUUGGUAAAUUUGUGCACCACACGAUGGUGCUAUCCACCAGCGAGUUUGACGUAGCAUUUGCUUGUAAUUUUAUAACUAUUUGUCUAUGUUCAGAGGUUACUACAGCGGCGGAUCAAAUGGUAGGCGGAGUAGGCGGUCGCCUAGGGCCUUGCCAUGUUGGGGGCCCAACAAAUUUGUGCCGAUUGUGCGAUUUUUGGAAAUUUAAAAGUAGAGUUAAUUUAUAGCA